UUGUUGAAGGGAGUGAACGGGAAUUUCAUGGCUUGGAGGGAAAACAACUCGUGCAGUCUUUCUUGGCGAGAAUAAUCCCAAACGCAAGUGGAAAUAUAUUGAUACAAUUAGUUCAAAGGUGCAGGGGUUUUCAGAAAGUUGCCCAGAAGUUUGGGGAUCAGUUUUCCUGCUGCAGUUUGAACGGUUCCUGAACUCAGUGGGAAAGGGCCACACACCUUUCUCUCGUGUCUGGUUCAGCUCUUCCGGCAGAUUUUUUUUUUAAGAAGGCACAUUGACCAGGCUUUUGCAGUUGCGCCUUGUUGCUGUUACUGCAGAGCGGGGCUGCACCGCGGGGAACCAGCAACAUCUCCUGAGAAUAACGCCCUUAUUAUCGUCAAACACCCCAGGGGCUUCACAGGAGUGUCACAACCAACCAACCAAACACCAACAGUUGGCCAAAGGAGAUAGUAGGACAACUGAGAGCCAAACACUUGGUCAACGAGGAGGAUGAGAAGUUCACGAUUAGGAAUUUGCAGAUCUUUAUGAUGAGAUGCCAAAUUUCUGAUGCCAAUCUGCUUUAAUUUUGACUCUUCUGUCACAUCCUCCAAAACAGCUGGGCAAACAAAAUGUCUCAAAGGUAUUCAGACAGUAACCUGGAAGAAAAAUCACAGGUCUUGGUGUUGGAGCAGCCAUUUAGGUCUGACUUCCAGAUCAACUCUGACUCGGACAGGUUGGUGACUGAGGGUGGUAAGCCUUCAAUGCUGGGAGUAGACAACUUGGCACUGGGCAGUGCCAAUUCCAUGCCAUCGCUCUCAGACAUACCAAAGGUGGUUCUGAGCACAGACAGUCCAGCUGCACUGAAGAAGGGGCACCAGCAGAUUAUCCCCAGCAAACUGGCCGUGACGACCAAGACUAAAAUGCGGCCUCAGAGCAGUGGGCCGUCCGGCAGGCGGGAUAGCGGCAGGAGGGAAGUGCGGAGUAUGCCGCCGACUGACUUGUGGUAUGAGGACGGGAGUAAUACAGGGAGCUCGAGCGGGACUCUGCAACGUAAUCGCCGCAACAUGUCAUACAAGGUGGCAACAGACAGCUUGUCCGAUUACUCUGAGGGGCAGAAGCUGUUAUCUCCUCCCACGCUGUCACCUGUAGUGGAGACGGCGACGGUGCAACCAGCUCGAAGUCCAGGCAGGACCAAGCGGACAUUAGGAAGAAAGAAAGGACCCAGAAAUCGAAGUUCCUUUAAGGAUGAUCCCAGGCUAUACCAGGAGGUACGGGAGAGGGGCCUGGACAGUGUUCCAGAGUCAGACGAUGAUUUACUGGAUGACACCAGGCACUUGGAAUCUACAGAACCGGACGACAAGAUUGUGGUUCAGAAUUACCGACCGGCACAGAUGACAUGGAGCCAGUUACCACAGGUUCUAGAGCAAGGGAUUCUGGAGACACUGUCGGCUGAGGAACGCAAGAGGCAAGAGGCCAUCUUUGAGAUCAUUGUGUCCGAGCACUCCUACCAGCACAGUCUGACAGUCCUAAUAGACAUGUUCAAGAACUCCAAGGAACUACAGAUGACCAUGACCAGCACUGAGCACCAUCAUCUCUUCUCCAACAUUUGUGACGUUCAAGAGGCCAGUAAGAGAUUUUUUGAAGACCUUGACAUGAGGCUCCAGCAGAACCCACUUAUCCAAGAUAUCAGUGACAUUGUGGAGCACCAUGCAUCAAACUGUUUUGGUGCCUACAUCAUCUACUGCUCAAAUGAAAUCUACCAGCAACGAACGCUCGAGAGGCUACUCAAUUCCAACACACAUUUCAAAGAAACACUGAAGCAGAUUCAAACUAAUUCAAGGUGUGGAGGCCUACCCAUCAUCUCCUUCCUGAUUCUACCUAUGCAGAGGGUGACUAGACUCCCACUCCUCAUGGAUACUAUUUGUCAAAAGACCAAUCGUUAUCAAGUGGAGUAUGAUGUAGCCACCAGGGCAUUGAAAGCCAUCAGUAAGGCCUUCCCCCUCAUCUCCACCUCACGAUGGCUACAGAAAAGUGGGGAGCUGACUGUCUUUGUGGAAGAAUCUGGAAUCUUGCGCAAAGUGUUUGGGAAGCAAAGUUGUUUCCUCUUCCUUUUCAAUGAUGUGUUGAUCGUUACCCGGAAACGAAGUGAGGAGAGUUACACGGUACAGGACUACGCCAUGUUGGACCAGGUGGAGGUGGAAGCGCUGGAGAGCAACGAGUCUCCCCACUCUCCCCCAGGCAAGGCCGUGAGUGGUGGAACCCUCCCUCGCACCAACUCCAAUGCUAGCCUCUUCAAAAUAAACAUGAAGAAGAGCAGCGCUGGUGAAAUGGAGGAAAUUGUGUUAGCUACAGACUCCGAGAGCGACCGAGCUCGCUGGAUCCACGCCCUCCAGGAGAACCAUGACGACCUCGUCAAUAAAGAAGGCCUCCCACAGGUGGAGAUUACCAAGGCCUAUUUGGCCAAACAGCCAGAUGAGCUGACACUCCAGCAGGCUGAUGUGAUCGUGGUCCUCCAAAAGGUUGAUGGCUGGUACCGGGGAGAGAGGAUACGUGACUGGGAGAUGGGCUGGUUUCCUGAGUCCUGCGCCAAGGAAAUAACCAAUCGCGUCGCGGUGCGACGAAACGUCCAGCGAAUGGAGAGAUUGCGGAUUGAAACUGACGUCUAGUUCUGGCGUCAGAGCCAAAGCUCCGUUUGUUCUGGUGUGACGGAGCCUGGAUUUUAACAAAACUGCCAAGGCUGUUGUGACAAACUUGGCAACCAACUUUUCCCAUUAGUCAUUGCCAUCAGACUGUGUAAUUGUAGCACUGGGGCUGAAUGACCCAUCAAAAAUGAUCAAUGGAUUAAAUAUGUUAGUCAGGGGUGGUUAAGGAAUAUAUUUUUCAAAAGGAGUUUGACUCUGAUUGCAAAUGAUUGGUAACCCAGUCACCAGCCUCUUUGAUUACGCCCUGUGUGCGCAGCAAGGUACUUUUUAAAGCAGAAUUUGAAAUGCUAUAUAUUUUUAAACUCAGGAUCCAUGUGACUAUGGACGUAGAGAUUGGGGGGCGUGGAGGGGAGUGGAGUGACAGGGGAGGGUGAUUGUAGUUAAAAACCUACCAUUCCUGAUUUUUUUUUUCCAUGAGUUCAAUACCUAAUCCAGGAGUGAAAUUCCAGCAUUACCAAAGCAGAUCCUAAUUCAGCAUCUGAAAUGGAAGGUUUUAAGAACUUUUGUUUGCUUUGCUGCAGAUUGGUGUCUAUCAGUAACCGAUGCGAGGUAUUGCAAGAGAUCUGUUCCAGCAGACAAACCUAUUGAUCAGUUACUCCAGUUAAACAAAGCUCUUGUUCCAUGUUGAACACCUUUAAAGUUAGAAACCAAAAUAAAGCUGUUCCCUGCCCACACCUUCCACAAUGAUAGGGAGGCUGUGUAUGACUCGGAGCAACUCUAAAAGCAAGCGUAGUUCAUUACCCUCAGCUUGUUCACUGAGGAUGGUAUUGACUGAUCAUAUGGGCUCUGUCACCGAGAUUCUUAAUCAAAUUUCUCUUGUGAAUACCAUGCAUACAAUUGGUCACAAUUCCCUUCUCCGACUCCUUGCGUUCUAUCCAUCUUCUGUUAAGGAUAGCUGGUUUUGGAAGGCUUAACUUCUGAAGCCACACAGUGAAACCUCAAAUCCUAAUGCUGAUCAUUGAAACCAGGCUGGUGUCCAUGGGCACUGGAGUGCUGCGCACACACACACACCUCCAAGGAGGACGAGCAGGGUGUGGACAAUGGAGACAAAGCAGGAAGUGGUUAAACAGAGGAAUACAUUAUCGAGCAGAUGGCUUAUACCACUAAUUUGUUACAUUCCUGCUCCUGACUGGCCCAUCUCGACAGUCCUGGUGAGGAAGAUGUCUUUAAUUUGAACCUGCUUGAUUUUAGGAUAUCUGUACAAGAGUGCCAAAAAUAAACAUUCGCCUUGCUCCCAUCCUCGAUAACCUUGAACUGCUUGCUUUACUUUGCAGUUUGGUGAGAAAUGACUGCUUUAUAAAGGCCCUCCCUGAGAGCCUUCCCCUACCAUGAACUGACCUUGUGAUGCGUUGCCUACAGUUCCCUGUGGGGCUCGACCUGGUGAGUGUCGUUCCUCUCCUAUUCCAAGCAUGGGCAUUUUGUGGACUUUUAUUUUUGCCAAAGAUUCUGAGAUUCUGAUGGUCAGGCUCAGGAAGGAAAUCCAUCCACAAUUGCCCAAUCCCCAGCCACCAAUGUGUUCUGAGCUGAGUAGGAGACUUCCAGGUUCAAUACCCAUCCCAGGCUAAAACGUUCUUGGUUUGGUGGUGUAGAAUAAUGUUGUAGAGACACAAUCAAUGAUGCUUGUUUUGGAAGGAGGGAGAUCUCUUCCCAUCGCCAACACUCUGUUAACAUUGUCUGCAGUGAUUUAGUGCCACCCUCUGCCAUUGCCAGCUCAUUUUCCUUCCCCCUCACCAUCAAUGGGAAACCUAACAGAACAUGCAUGCAUUGGCGAGCUGAUUUGCUGACUCCUGCUUCACAUUGCUGCCAAGAUACGUUUUACUUAAGAUAACAGGGAGAGGGGUUUCAAGUAAAGGAAGAUUCCUUAAUUUUGAGGAGGAUUUUAAAUGUCACCCAGUAAAUCUUAACAAAACUGACCAGCAAAGGGCAACAAUGUAGAGGUGGGCUCAGGGUUAAAGAAACCACCAUGAUUUUGCUUUUGCUGCUGAACUCCCCUUUGUUGAGAUGAUCAAUUCAUUGAUCAUCGUCUGCCAUUUGAUAGUCACACUGGAACUUGCCAAAUGUUUAUUAAUUAAAUGAUGCAUAUUCCUGAGAUGGGCAGUUUUUAUGAAUGUACAAAUAAAUAUUUCUUACAAUUUA